ACCUAUUUUUCUGAUUAUUUUUGUAUGUAUUUGUUUGGAAAGAUAAAAAUGGUUUGUCUCCUGAAAUAAUAGAUGAUUUUUCAGUAAUUCUUAAGAGAAUGUUUUCUGUUUAAAUAUAUGUUCGUUUCAAUAUUAAUUUCUAAAAAUGUGCGGUCGUGGAAAUCGUAAAUCAAAGAACAAAAACAGAGGUAGCAGUGAUAAUGGUUUCGAAGAAUGGGGUGGGUAUAUGGCAGCAAAGCGGGCUAAAUUGGUUGACCAAUUUCACAGUGAAAAUAUUGAAAAAGUAUCGGAUAUUUUCUCUGGUGUUAGCAUAAUAGUAAAUGGUUUAACUCAUCCACCAGCAGUAGAAUUGAAAAAAUUAAUGGCUGCUCACGGUGGAGAAUAUCAUAUUUAUCAAUCUUCCAGUACAACACAUAUUAUUGCUUCAAAUCUGCCCAAUGUUAAAAUCAAACAUAUUGGAGCAGUACCAAUUGUUAAACCUGCUUGGAUAACUGAAAGUAUAGCUUUAAGCAAGUUACUUGAUUAUAAAAGAUAUUUAUUGUAUAAUAACCAAAGUCGGUCACAACCAGCAUUAAAGUUUCCUAUAGUAGCUAAAUCUGAAUCUUCUUCUGAUAAUAAAGAUUGUUUAAACACAGAUAAUGAUUCAUUUCAACAUGUUAAAGAAAGAGAUAAAUUACAUGAUGAGACAAAAGAGCUAAUUACAAAGAGUGAUGUUACUAAAGAUCAGCCUAAUUCAGUUAGUACUAGAAUUACUAAAACAGCUUCGGAUCCCAGAUUCUUGGAGGAAUUUUAUAAUAAUUCGAGGUUGCAUUUGAUUUCAACGUUGGGAGCUGAAUUUAAGCAACUACUAACAACUUUACGAGAGAAAUCUGAUGGAAGAUUUGUUGGGAAAGAAAAAUUAAUAGCUCAAGGAAAUAUACAGAAAGAAGAUCGAACAAAUCUGGAUACAGUGAUAAUGCACAUUGACAUGGAUUGCUUUUCGUAUCCGUUGGUUUGAGAAACCAUCGGAAUUGAAGGAAAACCUGUGGCAAUUACUCAUGCUAAAAGUGGGGUUAUAAGUAACGCUGAUCCAAAUAGACAAGCUAGUAGAGCCAGGGAAUUUGAAUUGUACCAAGAGAGACUACCUGAAGGUGCCACGUCCAGAGUGGUCGAUUUAACCGAUAAGAUUGAUGGUUUGGCGUCAAUGUCUGAGAUAGCCAGUUGCAGCUAUGAAGCCCGACAGAGAGGAAUCAAAAAUGGGAUGUUUUUAGGCCAAGCUGUGCAGUUGUGUCCCGAAUUGAAAACUCUGCCUUAUGAUUUUGAGGGUUACAAGGAGGUCUCCCACGCGUUAUACAACACGGUAGCCUCCUAUACACUAGACAUUGAAGCUGUAAGUUGUGACGAGAUGUACGUAGACGUCACGCAAAUUUUAAACGACACAGGAUUGACAGUUGAGGAAUGGGCCAUCCAUAUAAGAAACGAGAUAGUCGAUAUAACAAGGUGUCCUUGUUCUACAGGGUUUGGAGCAAAUAGACUUCAAGCCAGAUUAGCUACGAAAAAAGCCAAGCCAGCAGGACAAUACUACCUUAAACCGGACGAUGUCGAGAUAUACAUGUCUGACAUUCUAGUUGCAGAUUUGCCAGGUGUGGGAAGAGCUACUUUAGCCAAAUUACGUAAUUUGGGAUUAAACACUUGUGGAGAUUUACAGAGAUCUUCUUUAAAAGUUCUACAAUCAGAACUGGGAAUUAAGCUGGGCAAAAAGAUCUAUGACCAAGCUUUCGGAAGAGAUAAUAAAGCUCUGGAAUUUGAUCACGAAAGAAAGUCAGUAUCUGCUGAAAUAAAUUACGGAAUAAGAUUCAAGACAAAGGAAGAAUGUUACAGUUUUCUUCAAAGCCUUUCAAACGAAGUGUUCAAUCGUUUAAACGAUAUAAAAAUGCGAGCAAGAAAUUUAACACUGAAAUUAUUGAUUAGAGCAGAGGGCGCUCCUGUGGAAACUGCUAAGUUUCUUGGUCACGGCGUGUGUGACGCCAUAAACAAAAGCAGCAACUCAAACCUCCUGUACACCAACCCCGAAAUAAUUUACAGGGAGGCCAAAAUAAUUUAUGAUCGACUUAACAUACCAUUUUCUGAAUUGAGAGGUGUAGGAAUACAGUUAACGAAACUUGAAAAAAUACUACCAACAAAUAAAGCUAUGGCAAAUUUUUUGAAACAAACAACCGUUGCAAAGAAAUCUACUAGUGAUUCAGAUAAAAUAGGUGUUGAUGAAUAUAAGCGAAGUUCUAGUAAAAAUACUGAAAAUUUAGAAAAAAAUAAAAAUAGUACUCAAAUUGAUAAUAGGAUGCCUGAUGAUAGUAAAAUUAUUGAUGUUGAAAGUGCUAAACCCAGCUCAAAAAAAAUUAAUACAAAUUUUAGUAAACCUGUUAAAUCGCCAAUUAAAACGGUUUCUGCAAAAUCAAGAGGAAGGCCAAAAGGAUCAACAAGUUCUCGAUCAAGAAUAUCUCCAAACGGCAAUACAUCUAUAAAACAUUUUUUACAAAAGGGUGAUAAAAGUAGUAACAGUCAAGUUGAAGAAGCCAAUAAAGAACGCGAAUCACAGGCUAAAUUAUUGGAACAAAUUGAUAUGACUGUACUGAAUGAACUACCUGAAGAGAUUAGAUUAGAAGUUCUACAAGAAUAUGGAAUUACCUCAACAAAAUUCAACACGAUAAAAAAUAACACAGUCGUGGCUGUUAAAAUGAAAACAAGCGAAAAAAAUUCAGAAGAAAAGAGAACAGCAUCGUCUGGACACUCUCCGUUUACAAAUCUCACCUGGGAACAAACCAAGGCUGGUAUAAAAGCAUGGGUGAAAUCGGAGCAUAUACCAUCCGCAGUAGAUGUAGAUAUGCUGGGUGAUCAUUUGAGGCAGUUGGCUUUGGACAGAAAAUUGGAAGUUUUGCAAACUGGAUUUAACUUCCUCUACAGGACAUUUUCAACAUUGGAUUGUGCCUGGCAUCAAGCGUAUUUUUCGAUAGUAAACAACGUCCAGCAAGGAAUGGUGGCGAGGUAUGGAAAGACUUUAUAUUUAGUAACAGCCUUUCAUUGUUGCCAAAUACAUUAAAAUAGUACCAUAUGAUCGAAAAAAUACGGCGUCCAGUUGGCUUGGAAACGACGAUCGAUGACAUUCCCCAUAUAAUUUGACAUGUAAAAUGACAGCGAUCUUCAUUUCAAAACCAUCGCUGACACCGUUUUUUUUUCGAUCGUGUUGUAUUUGAUACAUAAAUAUAUUUUUGUUGCAACUAAGAAGGUGUUUGUAUUUUUUUAA